GCAGCAUGCGGGGCCCCGCGAUGCUCGCCCUGCUCUCGGCCCUGGCGCUGGCUGCGGGACCCGCCGCCUCCGAUGCUGGGACUGAUGGAUCAGGAGAUGGAUCGAUGAUAUCACCCACUUUCACAGUGACACAUCUUCCUGCUACGGGCCCUUCCACAGUGGAUGACCAUGGGCCAGUACUUGUAACUGCAGGCACUACUGAAAGCAGCCUUGAUACACAGAGCUCUCCAAGUACUGAACUGAAUGCUGCGAAUGGUGAGGAGAGCCUCGAAGCAACAGAACAGUCUAUCUUGAUAUAUGUUGUCCCCGUGGCGCUGCUGGUCCUGCUGAUUUUUUUGAUCACAUUUUUUGUAAUGCAUCAUAAAAGGAAAAAGUCCAAGCAAGAUGAGCUGGGAAGUGAAAAUGUAAAAAGUCCUAUUUUUGAAGAAGACACACCCUCUGUUAUGGAGAUAGAAAUGGAAGAGCUUGAUAAAUGGAUGAACAGCAUGAACAAAAAUGGUGACUGUGAAUGUUUACCUACAGUAAGGGAAGAAGAAAAAGAAUCAAUUGCCAACCCAAGCGAUGGUGAAUCAUGAAGUCCUCAGAACAGCAAAGAACUGGCUAAAGGGAUGCAGCACACAAGCUCAUCAUCCCCCAGAUAUUGGAAGAACUGGAUUUAAAUAUAAUUCAUCUCAAAAGGCCAGAGAAGGAAAUGCUUUUGUUGUCUUCUGCUUCAUAUGGUCUUCAGA